GCAGCGGUUUGCAAAUUUCAGUUUGAAUAUUUCGCAGAAUUUCUACUCGCCAACAGUUUUUAUUAAAAAAAAAGGUUCUAAAUUGAAUUCGUUGCAAUGCGCAGUUUCGUUUUAUUCAUUUACGGCUUAUCCUGCGGCUAUGGCUUAUUGCGACCCACAGCCUCUGCAACUGAAAAAUCGUCAGCCACGCAGUUAAGUGGUUCGGCUGCGGACGCGUUUGUGGCGGCGGGAAGUGCAGAGGCAGUGAAAGAGUUGAGUCAUCUGGGGAACGAUUCAAUGCUUCAAGCGAAUAUGUUAACUUUUCAUCGUGAAAUUGCAAUACCAGGAGAUUUUCAAAAGGAUGCGGGUAUUGCUGAAAUGAAAAACAAUUUAUCAAAUGAAAUAAAUGAAGAACGUGGCAGGCGUAAACGCAGGAAAAUGUUGAAGUACCUACAGCCGAUACUGAUUGGUUUCUUAAUAAUGAAGUUUAUCAUUUUUCCGCUCGUUUUAAAAACACUAACAGCGCUCUCCACAUCCUCGUUUGUGAUGAGUAAAAUUGCGUUGGCAAUCACCGGACUACUUGUGCUUAAAUGGCUGAUCUCGGGUUCCGGUGAUGGCGGUGGCUACGAUGGUGGCGCCAAAGACCGGACACAUUUGGAAAUUGUCCAUUUACCGUUUCCAUUAACGAAAGCGUAUCACAAGGGCAAUGUAGGUGGAGGGGGUGCAGCGUUCGGCGGGUGGGACGAUUUAGCUUCAAGUGGCAGCAGCAAUGUGUUCGCUAUAAGACAUGGCGGCAAGCCACACAAGUAUAUACCAGUGAAUAAUUUGAAGCAUAUGGCACAUGUAGUGGCCGCAGCAACCGUGGCAGAUGCAGCGGACAAUGCCGAAGGCGUUUAUCGAAACACACGUCCGGUAUUCGACGACAAGCCGUUCUUGUAAAAAAUAAAAUAAAGUAUGGCACGGCAUGAAACUCCCAACGAUUAAACUGUCUACUACGCACUCAAUUUAUGUUUACUUAUAUUUAUUUGCAAGAGUCAGCUCGCGAUUUUAUUUAAUUAUUUAUUGUAAUA